GUUGGCUGGGAAGGGGAGAGGGAGGUCUGGGGGCUUCUGGAAGGCCCAGGAGGCUGUAAGUCUGGGAGCCGGGCCAGCGCACAGAGCGGCCCCCUCCCGAAUGCACGACCAGCCCCUCUGGGAUUUUCCAACCGAGAGACUGUUGGCGACUGGGAAACCUCCCUGAACCCACAGUCAGACCCGGGGCCAAAGCGGAACUUAGGCUAGGAUUCCUGGGGUCAUGCUUUGCCUCACCCCAGAUACCCUCUCUGUUGUACCCAGGGCCUGGUCUGGUUUCUCUGCCCCAGGAAGUAUGUAUAGAGCUGGCCUCUGGGGAGGCAGGCAGACUUGGGUCCCAACCUUAUUGCCACUUAGCAGUGUGGCCUGGGGCAGUCACCUGGCCUGUCAGCUUUCUUGGUAGCUCAUCCAGCCCUUGGGUUGCCGGGACCACACGAGCUCUCAAGUGAAGCCGCUGGCCCAGCUGUGUGAAGGGGCUGCCUCACCGUCCUGGGGGCGGCUGGGACCAAUCCAGCCAGAUUGCUGGCCCCUUCUCCAAGGAGCCCCAGCUUACAGAGUCAGUCCCCACAGCCCCCCAGAGGUGGGAGCCCAGGCAGGGGUAGCACAGAAGGCGAGUCCGGCCCUAGAGCUGAUGGGGGGCUUCAAACCCUGAGCUGAGAGCAAGCUGCAAGGCAUUUUCACCUCAGGCCCCCCGUCUGUGAGAUGGAGUGAUAGGACCUCACCACUGAGGGGCUUCAAGGCAUAGAGUGGGGCUCAGUCACUAGAAGUUGGGGCCUGGGGCUGCCCUGCCUCCUUCACCAGCUCCAGCCACCGCCUGGCCUUGUCUUUGGGUGAGCCCUGGCCCUUUGCUCUGACCCGCAGUGAAAGGGAGGCACGGAAGGUCCACAGGGACAUGGUGUCCCCCAGGGGGAGUCCAGUGCCCCACAGACAGGAUCACACUGACCCCUGUCAGCAACGAGGGAGCACCUUUACCCUAUUCACACGACGACCUGAGGCUGUGGCCAGGCCACACAGCUGACAUGAGCUUCCGGGUGCCGGGCCCGGGCCUGGACAAGAUGAAGCCAGACAGUGCACAGUCCUCCCUGGACCAGGAGGAGGCCGAGGAGGCGGAGGACCGGCAGCUGCUGGAGCCGGAGGCGUGGCGGGCCUACAUGGAGCGCCGCACUGCGCUGCGCGAGUUCCUGACCGCGGACCUGAGCCCGCACCUGCUCAGGCGCCACCACGGGCGCAUGGAGCUGCUCCAGAAGUGCUCCUUCCACAUCGAGAUCCUCCCCAAGCACCUGGCCCUGGGUGACCAGAACCCCCUGGUGCUGCCCAGCACCAUGCUCCAGCUCAUUGACCCCUGGAAGUUCCAGCGCAUGAAGAAGGUGGGCACCGCCCAGACCAAGAUCCAGCUCCUGCUGCUUGGGGACCUGCUGGAGCAGCUGGACCGGGGCCGCGCCGAGCUGGGCGCCCUUCUGGAGUCGCCCGACCCGCGACCCUUCCUGGCGGGCUGGGGGCUGGUGGCGCAGAGGCUGGCAGAGCUGUCGGCCGUCAUGGACAGCUUCCUGGCCAUGAUGGUGCCUGGGCGCCUGCACAUGAAGCACCGCCUGGUGUCCGACAUCGGCGCCACCAAGAUCCCGCACAUCCGGCUGAUGCUGAGCACCAAGAUGCCCGUCAUGUUCGACCGCAAGGGGUCGGUGGCCCACCGGGACUGGGCCAGCCUGCGCUGGUUUGUCACCAUCCAGCCGGCGGCCCCCGAGCAGUUCGAGUUGCGCUUCAAGCUGCUGGACCCGCGGACGCAGCAGGAAUCCACGCAGUGCGGCACCAUCCCCGUGGCAGCCUGUGCCUUCGACAUCCACAACCUGCUGCCCAACCGCUCCUACAGGUUCACGGUCAAGAGAGCAGAGAGCUACACGCUGGUGUACGAGCCGUGGAGGGACAGCCUCACCCUGCAGACCAGGCCGGGGCCCCCAGAAGGGCCCAGCCCUAGUCGGCUAGGCAAGCCAGGCUUGCCCCUGACCGCACUUUCUGAGAGAUGAUUUUCUAAUAUUUAUCCACUAAUAAAGACUAUAAACACACAC